AUGUCACACGACAGGCAACCGAACAGGUCUCCUCCUCGCCCUCCCUCCCCAACCCUCGACUCCGCAAUCCUCCAACAAGUAACCACCCCAACAGCCCCAACCGACCUACACGACCUCCUCCUCGAACGCGACGAAGACCUCCUCGACAGUGCCUCCCGCGUCGCCACAGUCCCGGGCCUCGAGCCCCUCCUCACCUACCUCACCCCACGGCUCCCCAACGCUCCCCAAAUCGCGCUCCACUCCGCCGCUUACGCCGGAAACGCCCCUCUCUUCCGCUAUCUCCUACAUCAGUACCCACCGGGACCCCAGCUAUCCCUAGGCCUCCGACUUGCUGCUGCCGAAGGCGGCGUGGGGGUCUGGGAGGCGCUGGAGCAGGUAUAUCCGGGGUGUAUCCAUGACGGUGUAGGGCAUCACGGGGACCUGCUCUGUGUGGCUGUCGAUAGAGGAAGUGAGGAGUUGGUGCGGUAUCUGGUGGGCAAGGGGAUCGAUGUCCCUAACAGUGGCUCGUUAGGGCUGUCAGUUUUGCAACUGGCGAGGAGGAGAGGGCUUAGUGACGAGAUUGUGGAGCUGUUGGCGAGGCAUGGGGCGCGAGACCCCGACGCCAGAGACUGA